AUGCCGGAAAAAUUGAGUAAAGAAAAAGUUAAAGAGACCUUCAAAAAAUUCGAUUAUAAUAAUAAUGGCCUUCUGUCCCUUGCGGAAAUUGAUAAAGCUGUAAUAGAACUCUACCCACAAUUUGCUGACGAAAAGCCUGUCCUCAUGCGAGCUUAUAAAGCUGCGGAUGUCUCAAAGGAUGGAUACGUUCAACUUACCGAAUUUGGCCGCCUCAUUGAUCUUUUAUAUUAUUAUGAUGAGCUUUAUCAUCUUUUCCAACAAUUAGAUAAAAAUAAAGAUAAACGCAUCGGUUUUGAUGAAUUUAAAAAAGGUCAUGAACUUAUAGGAAUAACUACUAAUAAUACUGCCGAACUUAAGAAAAGUUUCGCUGAAAUCGAUACAAAUGAUGGAGGAUAUAUUCUCUUUGAAGAGUUUUGUAUCUAUGCCGCAAAGAAAAAAUUAGUUGAAAGUGAAGCGAAUGCUUAG